UGGCGAACUGUGGUUACAACGCAUCGGGAUAGCGGAAACAGUAAACGUACGCGGUAAAAGAAAGCGAUUAUUCGUUUGUGAACAGCAUUUCGAUCCCUCUGAUUACCAUAUAGUACCUGUCAAAUCGUCCAAAUUUAAUGAGCGAUGUAUAUUGGAUAAGAACAUUUUGCCUCAUAAAAAUCUUCCAUUCACUCAAGAUGUUGAACGGUAUGCGUUUAUGGUUCCAAAGUCAGACCCUUUAGCUUGCCGUAUGGAAAUUGAGCCAGACAGUGACUUUCACAGAGUGAACAUUCAACAAGAUGCAACAGGUGACCACAGAAGUAAUUCAGAAAAUAGUUCUCCUGGUAUAAGCGUUCUACAGAACAAUCAGAGUUCACCUACCAUUACGUUCAGCACUUCUGGAUCCAAUUUAACAGAUGUUCGGUCAUCAGCGUACAGCGAAUAUCUUCCCAGUUCUCGAAGCGAAAUUGAUUUUGCACAAGAACAGCAUUUCACAGAGGAUAAUAUAAGGCAUUUAAGUUUUGUUCAUAAGUUAAUGCAGGAGAAGAGCAUGCAAUAUUUGGGUAUUCCAACAAAUGGGUUAUAUAUAUUAGAAUCCUUGCAAGAAACUACCAAUAUUAGUGAAAGGGACAUAAUGAUUGUACUAAGAAAAAUAAGAUUGAAUGAAUCCUUUGAUAUGCUAUCUGAUUGCUUCGGUCUAUCUCGUUCACGAAUUUCUCAGAUAUUUGAUAAAAACGUAUCUAAAAUUGCAGCAGAAUGUAAAGAGCUAAUUUUUUGGCCAGAUACCAAAUUAAUAAAAAAAUUUCUCCCGUAUGCGUUUCUUUUAGAGCACAGUGCAGUUCAAAGUAUAAUUGAUUGUUUUGAAAUUCAAAUUCAGAAGCCUAUCGAUCCUGUAGCGCAGUCAGUUACUUUCUCACAGUAUAAAUCAUGCAACACUAUCAAAUACUUAGCACAGAUAACAGAUAUUGAGCUGGCUUAG